CAGUUUGGUUUUUCUGUUAACAGGUGGUUAAUUUUUCCUAGUUCUUUAAUGAGAUCCCUAGAAACCGGGUUUAAGACAAUUGAAUUUUUUUUUGCUUUCUCGGUCAGAUAAGAAAAUUUCAGAAACUCCCGCCCUGUGCAUCUGUGGGCAUCCCCACCCCAACAAGACAAGGUUAGACAGAUCUUCUGAGGCAGCUUCUAAGGCCUUUCAGCACGUCAAAAUGCAUCUUUGGGGUAUCCGUUUCUGAGACCAACAAGGGAACGGGAUGGGUUAAGAUUUCAUUCUCCCAGUAGAGGAAAAUCUAGGGAUUCAGUCUACAUUGGAGCCAAAAACAGUUAUCUGACUCCUUCCAGAGCCUUUAAAUGUUGAUCCCUUCCCCUCUUCUCCCAUCAAACAUACACUUGGAAGUUUAAGAAGAAUGGAGGGACCUCAAGGUGUAAAGCUUUCUUUCUGUGCCCAUGGCAGAUUUAGAUGACCAGUGCUGAUCCUCGGAUGUCAACUGCCAACCAGGGUAGCUCAUGGUUACAGCCUCCCGUACAGCUCUCACUUAUCCAGAACUCCUGAGGCUCCAAGCUCAGUAUCAAACUGUUCACUUGCACUAUGUCCUCUAUGAUGUCACUGUCAUCAUCAUCAUUUUACAGACACGCUGCGAUUCCAAGUGGUCGUUACUAGUUCACAGUCAAGUAGCUCUCGUUCAUCUUCAACUCUAUGAUUAACUGCAAAAUGUUCUGCUCAUUUUGACUACAGUCUUGAAAGAUCUGCAAACUAAACGGCAGGACUGAUGCUCAGUUCUCUGACCAGGGGAUAUCCAGUCUCUUAUGUGGGGAAACUCACGCCCAGGUCUAACCUCACACUUUUAAGACAGAUGAGAAGGGAGGGGGAAAUGUUGCUACACUAGGAGGAAUUAAUUACAAAGAGAGGAAGUAACUACCUUGAUAGUCUCAUGGAGUCAGGAUUAAACGCCAUGUCUGUCCUGGCCUACGCUAAGGGAUGGGGAAACGUCUGGGUCCCAGGCUGAGUAAAUGGGAGGCCCAAGCCGAAUUAGUUCGGCUCUUGGUUUGACUCCUUCUUCCCUCCUGUUCCAAGCGCUCACAAGAACCAGGGUGACAGGAGGAUUAUCAGCGUCUGCGCAAGGCCGAUGGUGGCAGCGCGGCGUUAGGAAUCAGGCCCCCUAACCCUGAGCCCAACAGCAUACCGCCACAGCACCCAACCAAAAUGGGAACAACAUGUUGAGACACUGUAGCAACAGCAGACGCUUCCCACCAGCUCCAGUCGGAGAUGUGGAGCGCUUGUGUCUGCGGCUCAUUCCAGUGAGGUGCCGCGCAACUCAGAGGCGCAUUCUCUUUGGAGCCGAGGCACCACCGUACUUUCCAUUGCUUACUUCCGUUGAACCCCGGGCGCUGCCAUGGCAAGCCGGAAAUAAGGAUAAAGCAAUUUAGCCAGAAGAGGGCGGAAGUGGCUACUCAGGGCGCCGCCAUGACGAGCCGGGCCGGAAGAAGAGGUAGGGCGCCGCCAUGACAGAUUAGUCGUAAAGGGAACGGAGCUGUUAGUUCAGUUGGCUACCGGAAAAAACCAGGCUGGGCUGGGCGCCGCCAUGACAACCGAUACCGGAAAAGGCGGGUCGUUCCCCCGGACAGACCUACGCCGGCAAAGGUCUCGAGAUGCAGGCAGCCCUGGAGGUCACCGCUCGCUACUGUGGCCGGGAGCUGGAGCAGUAUGGCCAGUGUGUGGCGGCCAAGCCGGAAUCCUGGCAGCGGGACUGUCACUACCUUAAGAUGAGCAUUGCCCAAUGCACGUCCUCCCAUCCAAUCAUCCGCCAGAUCCGCCAGGCCUGUGCUCAGCCUUUCGAGGCCUUCGAGGAGUGUCUUCGACAGAACGAGGCAGCUGUGGGCAACUGUGCGGAGCAUAUGCGCCGCUUCCUGCAGUGCGCUGAGCAGGUGCAGCUGCCACGCUCACCUACAACUGUGGAGGCACAGCCACUUCCUGCCUCCUGAGGACUCCUCUGACUGCAGGAAAACUGGACAUGAAUGACUGCCCCCCCGCCCCUCCCCUGCAGAGUGGCCAGAUGGAGUCCUGAGCCCUGGCCAUGGGCCUGGCUUUCCUGGAUAUCAGGACUUCCAAUAAAUAAAGACUCUGUAUACUGGG